CUGCGAACGAGCAGAACGGCAAGCGAACGUCGACGUGACGGGGGGUCAGCCUCUCUGUUGAUUCUCCGCGUGAGAACGGACUUCGAGUGCGUGUGGUGUUAGCAACAAGUGAGUCCCAACGAGAGGACCGGCGCCAUGGAGGGAUCGGGCAACAAGGUGUGGCACAUUGUGUACAAUUUGUUUCUCGUUCUGUACUACAUCGCCGAGGCGAUCGUGGUGAAGUUGGUGCCGCGCAAGUACCUGCACCGCAAGAGCGUGGCCGGCGAGACGGUGCUGGUGACGGGCGCCGGCAGCGGCAUCGGUCGCCUGCUCUCGCUGCGGUUCGCCCAGCGCGGGGCGCGCCUCGUGCUCUGGGACAUUGACCGGGCGGGCAACGAGGAAACGGCGCGCCUGAUCCGCGAAGCCGGCGGCAAGGCCUGGCCCUAUGUGUGCAACGUGGCCGAGAGCAAGACCGUGUACGAGACCGCGGCCAAAGUGCGCGAGGACGUUGGCCGUGUCGACAUCGUCGUCAACAACGCCGGCGUCGUGACCGGCAAGCGGCUACUCGACCUGCCCGACGAGAUGAUCGCGCGCACCUUCCAAAUCAACACCCUGUCGCACUACUGGCGAUCACCUACCACCGUUUAUCCCCAUGGCUGCAACAUCUGA